AUGCAUCAAACGAACUUUUCUAUGGAUGACGAGUCGAUUGAUGAGGUGUAUAACAGUAAUGUGAAGGUUUUCGUGCGAAUUUUACCACUUGAAAAACCGUGUGAUUCUUGCGCAAAGAUCAGUACGGAUGGUAAGCAUAGAGGAAUAGUCCCGCGACUUUUAUCUGACAUGUUUAUGGAAAAGGCGAACCGAAGAAAAAUCAGUAACAUACGUUAUCGUUUAAGUUUCAUCGAGUUGAGAGGUAAAAACGUAGUAGAUCUUCUGACGCAAAAACGAAGGAUUUUUAACGUCAACGAACGCGGUGUCUUUAAGAAUGUAAUUAUAAUAGAUGUAGAGAAUGAAGAAGAGACUUUGAAACAAGUACGUGAAGGAGAAGGCAGGAGAUCAAUUGUGAGAAGCACAACGUAUCCGGUAUCACAUUUAGGUGCUGCUGUGAUUACUAUUUAUGUUUCAAAUAGGAGCUUGAUAAAAUCACAAGCUAUCGUAGCGACAGCAAAAAUACAUAUCGUAGAGAUGGCUGGAACUGGUACGGUAGGAAAAUCGAGUUGCUGGAAAACAGCAGUCGACUUAGGUAUGGCGAAUUUAAUGAAAAUACAGUUGGAACAAUAUUUCCUACAUCUUAGAAAACCAAGUAUGAGUACAUAUAGCGUUAUUCGCUCAAGUAAUUUGCUGAAGCUACUAAGAGAUGCUUUUACUGUCACAUCAAUCAUUCGCUUUAUAUCUCACGUGCGCAUCACGAGAGAAGAUCUCGAAAUUACUUUGUCGACCAUGCGAAUGACUGCUAAAAUCGCAAAAUUGAAACCGAUCAAGACGAUACGUCACAUCCAGCCACAGACAGAAUUGAUCGUGCAGCAAUUACGGGAGCAAGUAAACACAUUGAAGAAGGAAUUAGAGUUGAAUGAUAUGUUUUUACAUCAAGAGGCACUAGCGAACAUCUCAAAAUCUAGACUCGAGCAGAUCUGCCGAGACGUUAUAAAUUUUUUGCAGGGUUUCAUUUCGGAAUUAACACUUUUUAAUGUUACCCAUGCGCGAGUAUUAGUAAACGUCGUCAAACAAUUAUACGACAAGUUCGUUCCCUUGAUAUUAUGCAUACUUGAUCAGAGUUCUAAUUUAAAUUUAUGUUGCUCGUGA